UUUUUGUUCAAAAAUUUAAAGAAUGCAUCGACUGGAAGAUAAAAAACAAUUCUAAAAACCCUCCCAAUUGUGAAUACCUUCCUUAUUCCUUAAAUUAAGUUUUACUCUUGCCUUUUUAAAUAGUCAUGUCAUUCCAACCUCUCCAUACAAACCUUAAUAAAAUAGGUAGAUCGACGUCGACGUCAAUUAAUUUUUUCCCUCCUCGGCCCUCGCCCUUCCAAUCACACACAAAAAAAGUUGUUUCCCUUCUCUAUCAUUUCUGCGCAAUUUUCUACAUUAUUACACACACACAUACACAACUCUUUUUUACAUUAAUUUCAAGGUUUUGGAUAUUUUUUGUGUGUGCAUUUUAUUUAUAUUUUUUUAUAAAAACCUCAUUACUCUAA